GGGCGUUCCUCAUAAGGCCACACCUAUAUUAUCAUGGCGAUGCGUCACUAUCUCAGAAACAGAAAGACGCUGAGACUGUCUUUAAGCAGAUUCCUCUCUUCAUCUUCUUCUCCUGUGGUAGCUCUAAGAAGGGAAGAGAGUUCAGUCUGGGAGAGAAGGGCUCCUCUUAACCCUGGACACGUUCAGUCUCUUGUAAAGAAAGGAGUUACUGUCCUAGUACAACCAUCAACAAGAAGAGCUUACUCGAUGCCAGAGUACGAGAGAGCUGGAGCCAUUCUAACAGAUCACAUUGAGGAUGCACAACUCAUCAUCGGUGUGAAACAGUGUCCCAUAGACAGACUCAUACCAGAUAAGACCUACGUGUUCUUUUCUCACACCAUCAAAGCACAAGAAGAGAACAUGCCGCUCCUCGACGCCAUCUUAGCCAAGAGGAUAAGACUUGUCGACUACGAGAAAAUUGUAAACGAAAACGGACAAAGAUUAGUCGCUUUUGGACAGUACGCUGGGAUUGCUGGUUUUAUUAAUAUUCUACAUGGCCUGGGAUUGAGACUACUAGCAUUAGGACAUCACACUCCUUUUAUGCAUGUCGCCUGUGCUCACAAUUAUCCUUCAAGUUCAGCUGCUAAAGCGGCCAUUGCCAGUGUUGGGAGAGAAAUACAGUAUGGGCUCAUACCGGAGAUGCUGGGUCCUAUAAUAUUCACAUUUACGGGGUCUGGUAAUGUCUCCCAGGGGGCUCAGGACGUUUUUAAAGUCUUGCCACACGAGUACGUGUCACCAAAUGAACUUCAGGAUGUACUAAUGAAUGGAGACACUAGAAAGGUUUAUGGUACGGAGGUGAGGAGGAGAGACCACUUGUACAGAGUAUCCGACGGGACCUACUCCAAACCAGAUUAUGUGGCCAAUCCGGAGCUCUAUGCAUCCAACUUUGCAGAGAAAAUUGCUCCAUACACUACAGUCCUCAUCAAUGGCGUCUACUGGGCCCCCAACACUCCGAGACUGAUAACGCUAGAAGACUGUAAGAAACUCCAGCCUAAAGAGUUUGAGGUUGAUACUUAUUCUGGAGUACCCGACCUGCCACAAAGGCUCUUAGCGAUAUGUGACAUAUCAGCAGAUCCCAACGGUUCAAUACAGUUCAUGCAGUCCUAUACAACUAUUGAUUUUCCUUUUGCUUUGUAUAACGCCCACACACAAGAUAACCAAUGGAGCAGUUUGUCUGGUAAUGGUAUAGUUAUGACUAGUAUUGAUAAUUUACCUGCUCAGUUACCUCGUGAAGCUACUGAUUAUUUUGGGUCAAGACUCUUCCCUUUUGUUCAUGAACUAUUACAUCUGGAUGGUUCCAAGUCGCUGGAGGAACAGACUUCUCUUUCAAAUGCAAUAAAAGGAGCUAUCAUAGCAUAUAACGGUGAACUAACUCCUCAAUUUCAAUACAUACAGGAGCUGAGAAAAAAGCUUCAAAAUAAAUAAAGACGAAUUAAAAUAAUUAAUUAAUAAUAAUUAAUUAAUAAUAAUUAUCCUGUGAUACAGCAUAAAAAUGGCAUCAGCAAAUUAACUUAUUAGUGUCUCGAUCCCUCUUAUUUUAUUGAAAGUCAUUUAUUAUUAUUAUUGUUGUAGCAUUGUUAUUAUUUUAUUGUUGUAUUAGAAUUGUUAUUCAUUGUG